AUGCCAUCGUCGGUGUCGUCCACUCAAACACCAAUCGUUAUGUUAUUUGAGAAUAUAUUGCAAUCAAAGACACACAGAUAUAAGCCGUUAAACCCAUCGAGGAAUGGAUCCAAAGGGACCGCCAAAUGGUUCCGUUUGGACCGCCUGUCCAUUAGGGAAUGGUUACUCAUAGCUGUGGUCUUUUGCAUUAUCUCAUUCCUCAUAUUCUACCAGUUUAUACCCAACUCUUCACUUCAUGGAUUUAUACGAAUUCCUCCGAAACCCAAAUUCAAAUGCUAUUCAAACGAAGACCCGUUUCGGUCAACAGUACUCCGGGUGUCGCCGAACAGCCAUUCAUCCAAUUUUCGAUUACGAUUGGAUGCGAAGGUAUUGGUGUUUGUGGAGACCCAGUACUCAAAACUCGGCCGACAGUUGAUCGAGAUCUUGGAGUCCAGUCGUAUGCGGUUUAAAGUGGAAAUUGUGGGCAAAAGUCUACCGAUGCUGACAAACCUGGAAAGGGGUCGCUUUGCGGUCAUUAUAUUUGAAAAUUUCAACAAAUACUUAAAUAUGAAUAAAUGGAACCGAGAAUUGUUGGACAAGUAUUGCCGCGAAUACAGCGUCGGUAUUAUCGGUAUAAUACAGCCCAAUGAGGAGCGUAAGAGUGGCCUCCAGUUGCGUGACUUUCCACUACGAGUGGACACCGGUGUAGCCAUUCGUGAUUUCCGACUCAAUCCACUCUCCCCUGUGUUACGCAUGACUCGGGCCGGAGAGGUCCAGUUCGGGCCUCUGCCCGGCAAUGAUUGGGUGGUCUUCUACUCGAACCACACCUCUUACCAGCCGUUGGGUCAGGCGUUCAUUCAAUACCCUAAAGAGUUGUACACCAAUGAAGUGGUAACCGAUGCCAACACACCCGCCCCCACACCCAAGAGGCAACUCGUGACCACUGCUAUACAGGAUCACGGCUUAUACGACGGAAUACAACGAAUACUGUUUGGGAAUGGAUUCACUUUUUGGGUCAACAAAUUACUACUCUUGGACUCGAUAUCGUUCUUAUCUCACGGAAAAUUAAGUCUUCCGCUCGAGAGAUACCUUCUCAUUGAUAUCGACGACAUAUUUGUUGGCGAAAAGGGAACCCGAAUGAAGAGAUCUGAUGUCUUCGAGUUACUC